CGCCUGAGCCGCGCAAUGCCUGAACAAAGCAACGACUAUCGAGUCGUCGUUUUUGGGGCUGGCGGCGUUGGCAAAUCAAGCCUAGUGCUUCGAUUUGUCAAAGGCACAUUCCGCGACUCGUACAUUCCAACGAUCGAGGACACCUACCGCCAGGUGAUCAGCUGCAAUAAGAAUGUCUGCACGCUGCAAAUCACCGACACCACUGGCUCACAUCAGUUUCCGGCCAUGCAGCGGCUGAACAUCACCAAAGGGCAUGCAUUCAUGCUUGUCUACAGCGUCACCUCAAAGCAAAGCCUCGAGGAGCUGAUUCCUAUUUACCGUGAAAUUCAUGAAGUGAAGGCAACAGACGAGCAUCUGCCUAUGAUACUGGUAGGAAAUAAAUGUGAUGAAGAUAAUCAGCGUGAGGUAACGCCAGAGUAUGCAGCGGAGAUGGUGUCCAAAAUACUCAAAGGAUGUGGAUCAAUUGAAACGUCUGCCAAAACUGGUCACAACGUGCCAGAAGCCUUUCAGGAACUGUUGUCUAUGGACAAGACUCGAAAUAUGUCGUUAAAGAUGGAUUUGAAGAAAACGCGUUCUCAAAUUCGCAAAGAAAAACUGAAAGGUCACUGUUCGGUUAUGUAG